UCCUCACUCUUUAGUUCGAUGUUAUAAUUCUUCGAGGUACUCUGCCUCAAAACUUCAACUAGGUUCUAUCUAUCAGAGAGUCUGUUUGUUUCUUCCCUAUUCAUUUUGAUUGAUUCAUUUCUUGUUCAUUAAAAUCUGGAAUUCAUAUUAUUCAAAAGGAGUAGGGGGGUCUGUGUUGUUUAGGUUUCUGAAAUUUGUUCCGUGUUUUUUUUUUUACUGUUUGUUUGUUGAUCUCACUUUGUUCAACAUAUUAUUAGUUUUACUACUUGAUCUGUUCAUGUUCUGUCUUUGGAACCGCUGAGUGAUCAAAGUUUCAGCCUAGUAAAAGAUUUUUGCUCCUCGGGAAAAAAAUCUCCGUCUAGAUCUCAGUAAAAACAACAUGCUUUCUACAGAUUCCCUUCUGGAAAAUUUUCCUGGUUCCGUGAACCGAUGUAUAUUUGAAAACGGUCCUAUCUCGGUAUGUUUGAAUCAAAACCCAGGAACUGGUUUAAAGUUGGAAGAUUCAUCAUCAUCUCCUUCAAACCAUUCAGAAUCCCCUAGUGAUUCUGAUCCUUCUUAUGUUACAAGCUCAAAUGGAGAAUCUGCAGAGAGUACUAAACAUUCCAAUCCCAUUCUGAGAUACAUAAGCGACAUCCUCAUGGAUGAAGAAGAUGACCUAGAGCGCAAACCCUGCAUGUUGCAGGAUUGUUUGAGACUCCAAGCUGCUGAAAAACAAUUCUAUGACGUGCUGGGUCGUAGCUAUCCUUCGUCACCCCGCCAACUCCAUGGUUGUUACCCUGAUGAUAACCCUGACCCAGGUGAUAAUUUUGGUAGAUCUACUAGUUCUGAUAGCAAUAGCAGUUACACCACUGAUAAUUCCUAUGAGUCUGAUAAUAGGGUUAACAGUGGUGGUGAUUUUGAGUCUUCUUUCCUGCAAAGGUCUUUAGUUGAUUCCCCAGAAAACACCUAUGAUAUUGGUCCUGCUCCAUUUAGAGAGACACUAGCUGGUCUUCAUUUUUCAAAUUUAAAUGGAGCCUGGAAUAUCAUUCAUUCAGAGAGCAAGCCAUGGAUGAUUGAAGAGAGUGUGAUGCAGGGUUCCACAGCAGCCGGAGGACCAAGGGAAAAGAGAAGCCAUCAUAUGGAUGAUAUCUCACAUGAAGAAGUGGAGAGAGGAACCAAGCUUUCAGCUGUAUACUCUGAUGAUUCAGAGCCAUCAGAAAUGUUCGAUGAGGUACUGCUUUGUCGUGAUGGUAAAAGUCCAUCCAUUUUUGAGAAUGGUCGCGAAUCAUCACACGUUGCUGACUCAGGAGGGUCUAAUGGAAAGACAACACGUUCAAAGAAAGGUUCCAACAAGGGAACAAGUACAAGUACAAUGGUAGAUUUAUGGACUAUGCUAACUCAAUGUGCACAGGCAGUGGCUAGCUAUGACCAAAGGAAUGCAAGUGAAAUACUGAAGCAGAUUAGGCAGCACUCUUCACCUUUUGGUGAUGGACUUCAGCGUUUGUCUCAUUACUUUGCUGAUGGCCUUGAGACACGAUUAGCUGCUGGAACACCAAAGUAUAUGCUCUUGUCUGCAUCUGCUGCAGAUAUGUUAAAAGCUUACAAAGUAUACAUCACAGCAUGUCCAUUUGUCAGGAUGUCAAAUUUCUUGGCUAAUAGAACUAUUUUGAAGCUAGUAGAAAAUGAAAGCAGUCUUCACAUUAUUGAUUUUGGGAUUUCCUAUGGUUUCCAGUGGCCUUGCCUUAUUCAGCGUCUUUCAGAAAGGCCAGGUGGGCCUCCAAGGCUUCGUAUUACAGGAAUUGAUCUUCCUCAAUCAGGGUUUAGGCCUGCAGAAAGGGUUGGGGAGACAGGGAGGCACCUUGAAAAGUACUGCAAGAGGUUCCAAGUCCCAUUUGAGUACAAUUGCCUUGCACAGAAAUGGGAAACUAUAAAAGUUGAGGACCUCAAGAUUGAUAGAAAUGAAGUAACUGUGGUUAACUGUUUGCACAGAUUGAAGAACCUAUCUGAUGAAACUGUGACUGUGGACAGUCCAAGAGAUGCUGUGUUAAGGUUGAUCAGGAGGAUAAAUCCAAACAUCUUCAUACAUGGGGUUGUCAAUGGCACUUAUAAUGCACCAUUUUUCCUGACUCGUUUCAGGGAGGCACUCUUCCAUUUUUCAGCAUUGUUUGAUAUGUUUGAGGCUAAUACACUUCCUGAAGAUCCAUAUAGGCUGAUGUUUGAGAAAGGGAUAUUUGGAAGGGAUGCUGUGAAUGUCAUAGCUUGUGAGGGGCCACAGAGAGUUGAAAGGCCAGAGACCUAUAAGCAGUGGCAGGUUAGGAACAAGAGAGCAGGGUUCAAGCAACUUCCACUGGCUCCACAACUCUUGAAUAGUAUGAAAGAAAAGAUUAAGAAGGAACAUCAUAAAGAUUUUGUAGUCGAUGAGGAUGGCAAGUGGGUUUUACAAGGAUGGAAAGGCCGUAUUCUUCAUGCUCUUUCUUCUUGGGUUCCUGCUUAAAAAAUGACCACCAAAUGAAUCCUAACCUACUCUUCCCCUUGGACAAUAAAAAAAAAAAGGUUCCUUUACAGCAGCUUAGGGUGUAUCUAUUCUUGAAAUUUAGUGAGUUAAGAUAAUAUACUUUAAAUUCUAGAAAUAUUUGUAGUGUGAUAUUUUUCUUUUUCUUUCUCCAUCUGAGUUUAUAUUUUAGAUAUUGAUGUUAAAUUUGCUUCCUAGCUUGUAUAACAUGACAGCUGCAUCUGGCUAAGAGUAGAAGCCGAUUGGAUAAGGAUAUCUAAUUAAUAUCUCCAUUCAUUUACUCAUUUUCCAGAGAUAUGUAUAGAUGUAAAAUAGAAUGAUGUUAGCAGUUAAAUAUAUA